AUGAUAGAAACGAUAAGAAAUGAGGUAUAAUUGUACACAGAUCAUGAGUGUAAGCGUGAUAAAUCUAUAAUUUCAUAUAUCACUGAUACAAAAUUGAAAAAGGAGGAAAGAACUAAUAAUUUCUUGAACCUAACCGUGAUAAGAGACAUCAUUGCAACGAACGUCGUAUAUUACAGAUAAAAAAGAGUAAAAGAAGAAAACUAUAAACUACAGACUCUUAAGAAUCCAUUUGAUGAAGAAAUCCUAUACACUAAACGUAAUGAUCAUUCAAAUUUCUCUCAUUGUUUUGAGUGUCGUUAAUUCAUGUGAAUUCGCCUUAACGCGGGUUCGUUGCGUUUCUCAGGGAACAAAACAGAGAAAGGAGGUGCAGCAAGAGAAACAAAUGAUCCGGAUGAAGAGCGAGGAGAAAUCGAGGAGAUGGCCGAGAGAACACGGAAGAGAAGAGAAGAAAGACGAAGAAAGGAGAGGAAGGGGGAAUUCGGGAAAUAAGUUUCUGCCUCGCGAUUUCGCCGUUGCCUUCUGAGGCAUCGAUCGAUCGGCUCUUGAAAGAAAAUUCCCUCGUCCUUGAGGGAACAAGGGUCCGAUUGCUUGAAGUCAGUACCAGAUUCUUCGACACACCGAAUUUAAGUGCAAUAAAAUUUGACACGUCUUUACCGACAAAUAAAAUUGUUCGUUAGGCAAGUUAAAUCGUUAGUUAAAUCGUUGUUUUAACACAGGACGUUGCGAAACUGUUAUCGAUAUAAUUAUCACGAUUCGAAAUGCUUAAGAUACAACAGAGAUUUACAAAAAAAAGAAAAGG